AUGUGCAAGAAACCGGAGCCGAAACCCCACGAAAAGGAAGUUUCCUCGUCGGAUGAUGACGAUUCCGUCGCCGAGUCCAGUCCCAAAGAAGACACCAGCUUUCCGGCUGUCGCUCCGACGCACUCUGCCAAGGACCGCAACACCGAUUACGACUGGUUGAUUUUUCUCGGACCCGCUCUGUUUGCCAAGUUCACUCCGGUUUGGACGAUUUACGCCAUUGCCAUCGCUCGCAUCGCGACGACGCACCUGAUUCUUUCCCUGCACUAUCAGUUCGUCGACAAGGACAACUAUUUCAACAAGCUCACGCAGAAACAGUUACGUCGGGAGAAGGAUGACUACCUGACCGGAUUUUACUUGCACAUGUACACGCAAAUCGCUCUGCAGCUGAUUUUCCCUUCUAUGUUCUUUAGCCCCAACGAACAGAUCUGGAGUUGUGCCAAGGAAGUUUUCCUCUCGCACGUGCUCGUCGUCGAGCCGCUCUACUACCUGGCGCAUCGCUGGUUGCACGUGCCCAAACAAAUGAAAGCCAUGCAUGGCUUUCAUCAUUUGAGUAUACACACCCUACCCUCAACGUCUUUGGUGCAAAACUUUCACGAGCACUUUGUCUACCUUGCCGUCUUUGGCCCGGCCUUUAUGCUGCCUUUUUUGUUACAGGGGAGGCAGCACUGGGCCGUCGUGGGAGCCUACCUCGUUGCCUUUGACGCCAUCAACGCCUGGGGUCACACCAACGUGCAGAUUCGUUCCUGGUUCUUGACCAGCCCCUGGUCGCCUUUGACUUAUCUCUUUUACACCCCCGAGUUCCAUCUCGGACACCAUGCCUACUUUAACGCUAACUACGGCCUCUUCAUGCCCCUGUGGGAUCGCUUGUUGGGAACCUACCGCGAAUACCACAAAAAGCCGCGGGCUAUGCUGCCGGCCGAUCAACAGGACUUUGUGUUCAUCGGACACAACGGAGGAUUCGGCCACUUUCUGACCAUUCCGGAAAUUUCCGUAUACAACGUCUUUGACCAAUACCUGUUGACCGGACUCCCACUGAAACUCGAGUUUUUCCUCAUGCACUUGGUGGCCCAAGUGUGUAGGUUGUUCAUGAGCUUUUACUAUUGCUCCCGGACCUGCGUCGCCAAUGAGUUCGUGGCGCGCACCAUUGUGUUGGUGCGCACGCCGUGGGACUACAUGUCCGGUCCUAGUCGCUUCGACGCCAUCAACCGUGAAAUGCUUCAACUGAUGCGGAACGAGCACCAAAAAUACGGAACCCGCAAAUUCGGUUUCGGGAAUCUCAAUAAGAUGAAGCAGCUCAAUGACGGCGGCAUGGAUUUGACCAAUAUGAUUGCACAAGACGAGUACCUUCACGACAAGAAUAUUCGAGUGUGGACGGGCGAUACCAUGACGGUCGCUUCCGUUUAUAACCAAAUUGUCGAAGUUCCCAACCUGGAUCGGCUCUUUUAUAUCGGUGCCGGGGGUAAAGUCGGCACGGCUGUGUGUGAGCUGCUAACCACCAGUCGACCGGGCUUGAAAAUAUGCAUCUUUUCACGCCACCGUGUUCUGAAUCACCCGAAUAUUUCCUACACCAACAACCUCAGUGACAUGGCCGACUACCGAGUCGUACUGGUGGGAAAAAUAUUGUCCAACGCUAUGUACGAGAAAGCUUUGCGGACGGUAGAUCAGGUCCAAACACGAUUCAUGCUGGAUUACACCGUUCCGGUACUACCCAUUCCAGCCUUAGAGUCACGAGGAGUCGGAAUGAUUCGGCAUAUUCGCAUCGGUCUGCUUCAAACACGGCCCAACAACGCCUUUCUCAAAGGCCACUACGACUGGUGUAUGAGCCACGGCGAGAAUCAGAUUGUCCCGUGUCAUUUCGGCUGUCUGUUGAAUACGGUAAAUGGUCGGGAGACCAACGAGGUGGGGGAGAUCAAUCCCUUACAGGUCGAACAACUUUGGAAACAGGCCAACGCACGAGGAUUUUACAACAUUCCCAUUGACUAUCAGACUUAA